GCGGAGCUUCUCCCUUCGGCUAGAGUCUGAACGGGAAAGGAAAGAAAGAGAGAAAAGCAGCCGCCGCCGCCGCCGCUCCUUCGCCGCCCUCUCCUCCUCAGUUCGCCUCGCGCCCCUCAGUUGCCGGCUGCGCCGCUUGCGUGACGACGCCGUUGCCGCCUCCUUCUCCUCUUCGUUGGCCCCCCCCUUCUCGCCGUCUCGUGCGUUGGCCGUUGAGGUUCGGACCCGGUUCGCGCUCGCUCGCCUUCUUCCUCCCUCGCUGGCUGGCUGGCUGCUCCCCCGCCUCCGUCCUCUCUCUCGCCGCCCCGCCGCCAUGGCCAACUACAUCCACGUGCCGCCCGGCUCGCCGGAGGUGCCGAAGCUGGACAUCGUCGUCAGCGAGAGGGACCCGUCGGGCGGCGGCGGUGGUGGUGGAGGGCCGGGCUACCGCCGCGGGGCUCUGCAGCUGCUCCGCCGCCUCAGGCCUGACUGGAAGCCCGAGGAGGUGACGCUGAAGGUAUUUACGGAUGGAAUCACGAAUAAACUUAUUGGCUGUUAUGUAGGCGAAGAAAUGGAUGAUGUUGUCCUUGUUAGAAUUUAUGGAAACAAGACGGAGCUGUUAGUGGAUAGAGAGGAGGAAGUGAAGAGCUUCCGUGUGUUGCAGGCCCAUGGUUGUGCACCACAGCUCUAUUGUACUUUCAGUAAUGGUCUGUGUUACGAGUUCAUGCAAGGAGAAGCAUUAGAUCCAGAACAUGUUUGCAGUCCAGAGAUAUUCAGGCUCAUAGCAAGGCAACUUGCUAAAAUACAUGCUAUUCAUGCUCACAAUGGGUGGAUCCCCAAGUCUAAUUUGUGGCUGAAGAUGGGAAAAUAUUUCUCUCUUAUACCAACAGAAUUUGCAGACAAGGAGUUACACAAAAGGUUUCUAAGCGAUGUCCCAAGUCCUCAAAUUCUUCAGGAAGAAAUGGCAUGGAUGAAGGAGAGACUGUCCAACCUGGGCUCCCCAGUGGUACUUUGUCAUAAUGAUCUGUUGUGUAAAAAUAUAAUCUACAAUGGAAAACAAGGUGAUGUUCAGUUCAUUGACUACGAGUACUCUGGAUAUAAUUACCUGGCUUACGACAUUGGAAACCACUUCAAUGAAUUUGCAGGCGUGAGCGAGGUAGACUAUAGCCUCUAUCCAAGCAGAAAACUGCAAGAGCAGUGGCUGAGAGCUUACUUGGAAGCCUACAAGGAGUAUAAAGGAUAUGGGACCGAUGUCACUGAGAAAGAGGUUGAGAUGCUUUAUGUUCAAGUCAACCAGUUUGCUCUGGCUUCUCACUUUUUCUGGGGAUUGUGGGCCCUAAUUCAAGCAAAAUACUCCACCAUCGACUUUGAUUUUCUAGGGUACGCAAUUGUCCGCUUCAAUCAGUACUUCAAAAUGAAGAAUGAAGUUAUGACAUUAAAACUUCCGGAGUAAUGACUAAGAAGUUCAGUUAUCCAUAUUUGGGUGAUUCCCGAAAGCUUUUUCGUCUUGAGUACAGAUAAUGGAAAAAGCUAAACAUUUGUUAGUUUUGUAAUGUUCCUAUGGUGGUUUUGCUUUUCAUUGAUGCCUCUAAAAAACAAUCUUUUAAUGUUAAACCUAAAAUGAAGAUCGUACUGCUGUCGUAGAAGGAAUAGAAGCAUUAGAUUUAUAAAGCAUAGGGAGAGCAAACUUAAUCCUUUCUCUUGUAAUUUUUAACGUGAUAAAUGUGAACUAUUUAUUAUGAAUUUAACAUUCCAUUGCUGCUUUACAUCAGUUCUCUUUAAGGGAGGGAAUGUUGGCUAUAAAAUGGUGAUGGACAUUUUUCACAUCUUAUGUUAUAGUGACAUUAACUUAUGAGAAACUUGGUCAGUAUAAAAAUGCUUCACUGCAAACUGUGCACAACUCUAUACAUGAACCAGGAGCAGUUUUCAUUGAAGUGCAAGUCAGUGGUGCUGACUGAUUGGAGUGGCUUGGGCAAAAUUUUACUCUCAAAAAUACAUCUCUGGGCUCUACCCAAGUACUGUGAUGAUAAAGUGUGGACAUCCUUGUUUAAAACAGAUGGAAAUUUUACAGAGGCCUGCUUGGUCCUUGAGAAAAACAUACCACCACAAUGUUGUGUCUGUAUAGGUUUUAUUAAAUUGGAGGAGGAGUUAGCUUUUAACUUCAAAUGUAAGCUUCAAAUGACCACUGUUCCAGAGUAUCAUGUUGUUAUCUCCCUUUAAAAGAUUUUUUAAAAGAAAAAUUACUGACACAUAGUCUAGGGAUAGAUAUGUUCAUAAGAUACUGUAAUAAAUGCCAACAGGACAGGCAUUUGAGCAGUCCUGUAGAGCUUGGAAGCAAAGCUGUAUCUUUAAGGUUUACGAUCUGUUCAAUCUUUCUUGCUUUUCUGAUUUUUUGCCUUGCUUUCUUGUCUUCAGUCAUUGAUCUGUUGGUAGAUUUUCCAUAUUUUCUUUGCAAGAUGAUGGCAAACCCAUCUUAUGGCUAGUAGUCCUGUGCAUGGUUCAGUUCGGAGGCUAUUGUCAAGGCCUCCGAACCAGUCCGGAAUUCCGGGGGUUCGGUUCGGCCCGGGGCGGGGGAGUGUGUCUUUAAGGGGGUGGUGGUAGUACUCCCCCCCCACCGCUCUUCUCCCUCCGGCGCUGACGCUUUUCCAAACGUUCUUGGGGCGGCAGAGUUCCCCCCUGCCGCCCCUGACCCUGUCAUUGUCCUUGU